AUAGAGGCACAUCUAAAACAUGCAGAGCAGGGGGCCUGAGGACUGGAAUUGAGAAGCGCUGAUAGGGUCACAUGUUGACGCGUCGGGUACCCCCUUCGCGUCAAUAAUUGACGAGAAGGGUUCUCUCUUUGAAUGCUGUACCGCUCCCUAAGCGUCCAAAACCGACGAUCUAGGAACAAAUAAGAUGACGAGUCUAUUCCAUUUUUGUAAAAGGCACACAAUUCGUGCAUAGCUGAUGUAUUUGUAGGUUUUUAACAAUUUAGUUAAUUUUACUUCAGUUUUAAAAGAUCCUCCGGUUCUCUGAAGCCGCGAUUUUAUAGUCACGAAUAUUUUAAUAUGGUAGAAUUACACCAGUUUCACUGAUGUCAUCGUAACUUCAUGAUUGUAAAUAACGUAAUAUUCUCAUUUUUACAUAAUAAUAAAAAAAGAAACGAAUAUGUAUAUUAUUUGGAGUUUAUGAGGUUACACAUAGCGGCAUGCACCUCCGAAGAUGUUUGCAGUCCAUUAGUAAUUAAUUUUGAUUUUUAUAAAAAUGUUUAAGAAGAGAGAGGGUGGAUUUCCUUUUGUGAUUACAUUCCAAACGUUUCUGUAAACGUUUGAUUAAAAUAAAAAUAAGGACGGACCCACCCGUCCAUAAAUAGAAGAAGAAGAAGAAGAAGAAGCUGACGUCAUCGCAUGCGACAUUGUACCCCGGUGAGUACAAACCUGACUGCCAAAAAUGGUUUUGUACUGUAAAACAAAAAUAAAUACUACAGAAUGUUACGUUAUAAAGUUGCUGAUUGCAGUUUUAGGACUUAUUGGCAGUAGGACUGUGCCGCGAAUGGUUGAAGACAUUUAGACACGUUUGUAACAUGUUUUUUUUAUUUUUGUUGCCGGGAGAAAUACGCGGGAAGCGUAGCUACAUUAGCCUCUUGGAGCCCAGAGAGUUCAACUGAACCUGCACUUAAUACAUUUAAUUAGCCAUAAUAAAGUCACAUAACUGUCAAUCGUCAUGCUUGUUGUAAAAUUUGAGGGUUGCUAUAAAUACCAGUGCCCCUAGGCUGUGAUGAUCCUUAAAGUUUUGUCUAUGAGCCCCUGUCUGAAUACACUGAUUGCAGUCAUGUACUUGAAUAAAUAACUUCCGAAAUCUGAACAUUUCUUUUGUUUUUUUAUGUCAACAGGUUCAUCUGACAAAUAUAUUUCUGCUCCUUCAUAGCACCCACAAAAGGCACUUUUAAGAGCCACGUGUGUCAAAUCUGUCAUCUUUGUUGUCAUAUCUGCAUCUUUGUGUACUUAAUUUGUCUAUUGUUCUUCACUUAAUUUGGGACAAAGACAAAGGGACAAAGAUGGGAACGAACUGUAUAAGAGGCCAAGAUCAACAAGAAAUCAAUUACCUAAGAGAAGCACAGUUUGAAAUACUUGCAGAAGAUUUUACUUUUUCAAAUUCUGCAAAGUGCCUGAAGAAUGAUCAACACACAGCUAUUUAUCUUGCAUGCCUCGUUUUAGGUCACAGAGAAGAGAUCUUUGGAGACACGCAUCUAAUAACCAACAUAUAAAGAUCAGUAGGUCUACCUUUCCAAGAGUCCUCCAAAACACCUGCCUGACAGCUAAAAAAAUAACAGCACACCAAAGAAGAUAGACUGCUAAAAUACACAGCAUCCAUAUCGCAACCAUGAAAGAAGAGGAGAACAUUCUGGAGCUCAGCGAUGCAGCCCCUGAACCAUCAUCCACUGUGACUUUUGAAAACACAGCUCAAAAAGCUUCAGGAUCAAAAAUAGCUCCUCCAGUGGCACCUAAACCUGCUUGGUUUAACCCAAGUCUGAGGAAAAUACAAGAAAAUCCAGAUGGGAGGAAGCAAGCCAGUGAUUCAAAGGAGAUCCCUGAGGCAGGUGUUACCAGAAGCUUUGGAGGCAGGUCUACCUCGGGUACUGUUAGCAUGUCAUUCAAACAAAAGAUUCGCUCUUUUGAGACAUUUUCUACUGCAGAAGCUGAGGAAAAAAGAGCCAGCAGAAGAUUCACUCCCCAUUCCAACAUGCUUGCUUUGUUAAAACAGGAGUCUGAAAGUGCCUGUCGUUCCUCAGACAGACGUGAUGGCAAGAGCAAACAGGACACCCCAACAGAAAUGCAGUCAGAUCAGUCAACAUCUGUUGUGAAUGAGAACAUCUCUGUUCCACCUUCUGUCAUCACAUCAGAUAUGGACCAAGAUUAUUGUCAACCUAAAGCCAAGAUGUCUGAAGAUCAGCUUUCUUGCUAUGAGAUAGGUGUUAAUAACCUGCCUUCUGACACCAUCUGCUUUGAAACUGACUCUGCAAUAGAUCAUGCUUCUUCAAGCUCUGUUCAUGCUGGUUGUGAACUCCAACCAUCCACUGAGGAAUCUGAGUCAGAGAAAGUGGAUAUCAGCAGGUCCAAUGUCUUACCCUCUGUUUCCUCAGUGAGAAAGAAUCAAAAGGAAGGAGAGAAACAUUUAGAGGAGAACUCUGGAAAUGAUUGUGAAGAGCGACUGAGAACAGCGCAGAACACUUUCCACACAAUGGAGUGUCAGCCCCAGAAGAGCCAGGAAGGAGAACAGUUUGGAAAAAUCAUCGCCUUCAGCAAUCAGGUUUCACAAGCAAUAUUGCGUUCCCUUCCUUCUUCUGACCAUGGCAAUCCUCAAUCCCAAAAUUUUCUGGAAACUCCACUUAAAGAUGUUGAUAAUCCCCAAGAGUCUGAGCUGAAUAAAGACUGCACAAAUAAAGGUUUCUCUGUCAGUCUAGCCACUCUGACAGAGUGCACCACUGAGCAAGGGAGGCAGACCUCUGACCGAGAGACCUAUGCUCAUUCCGUCAUCUCAGUUAUCCCCUCUCAGGAAAUACAGAAGAUGAUUGAGGAAGUUGAAGCUUUGGAUGAAGAGACACUGAAGCAACUAUUGGACAUCCAUGUUGUGAUUCUGCACAAAGACGUAGGAGCAGGGUUAGGCUUCAGCAUCGCUGGAGGAUGUGACCUGGAGAACAAAGCUCCAACAGUGCACAAGGUGUUCCCCUCCGGACUGGCAGCUCAAGAGGGAACCAUUCAAAAAGGAGAUGUGGUUUUGUCCAUUAAUGGUCUAACACUGUGUGGUGUCAAACACAUGGAUGCCACUGCUAUUUUACGUCAGACCCGUAGUCAAACUUUGGCUGUGGUAGUCAUCUGUAAGAGAACUAAAGAAGAGGAGAAGGAUGGAGGAAACAGGGUGGGAGAGGAAAUGGAACAGGAAACCCCAUGGAGUGUUGAUGUGGAGAAAGGUUCUGGUGGAAUUGGCUUUUCUCUGGAAGGAGGAAGAGGAUCAAUUCAGGGAGACAGACCUUUAGUUAUCAACAGAAUAUUCAAAGGUGGAGCAGGAGAGCAAAGCGGUCUGCAAUGUGGAGAUGAACUUCUGCAGGUUGAAGGAGUUAGUCUACAGGACAUGACCAGAUUCGAGGCAUGGAAGAUGAUCAAGGCUCUGCCUGAAGGGCCUGUUAGACUUGUAAUCAGGAGAAGGCAGAUAGCAGAGGACUAAAAGUCAUAAAGGGCCUUGGAAAAAAGCUCUAUGCCCUCUGAGCAUUUUCACACUUAUCACGUUUCAAUCAAAAACGUUUGUGUAUUCUGUUGAGAAUUUCUGUAACAUAUUGACCAACAUUAAACAACAUAGAGCUGGCAAGUUAAAAGAAAUUGAUAAAUUGCUUUCAAAAAGGUUUUCCAAAUAUAAAGGACUGUCAGCUUCUUUACAUUUCCACAAGAACAUUGUUGUCUUGCAUUUCGACGUAAAAUCCAGAACCAAUUAGUUACAGAAGUUCCUAUAAUUAAUAAAGGUCAUCCUGUGUUAAACUUACCAUCAGUAUAAAUCCAGGUGAUCUGUUUUGUUUUUAAAUAACACCAAGUUUGCAAUAAAUGUUAUCUUAGCACUUCUACAUGCAGACUGGGAGAUUAAAGUAGAUUUGUCUCUUAGACUUUAACCUGACAAUAUAUAGAGAGACUUAAAGAUUGAUGUUUCAACAGCCAUGCUUUCAAAUUAUAACCAUCAAAAUCUUUCCCACAAAUUCCACAUUAAAUACACUAAAGUUUGAGGUUGCAACAUGUCAGUUUGGAGGAAAGUUAAAGGAGCUUGAAUAUUUUGUGUUGGAAGAUGGUGGCAAAUUAAUAAGACAAAAAAUAAAAGAGCAAAAUUUCUUCCAAGUCUGUAAAACGGAUGCUUUAGUUCUUUGAAUAACAUGUUAGUUUUAUUUCAGAAGAAUACAAGAGCUAAUAAAUACAUGUUAAUUAAAUCACCAACAGAUCUUUUAAAUUAAAUUCCUCUUUCAUAUUGUGCUAACCAGGCACAUGCAGGGGGGGGUGGAUGGGGCUUGAGCCCGUGCCCCUUUUAUCCUUGUGCCCUUUGGAGUUUUCUUUUUUAUCUGUGUGUCAGCAGGCCUUUGUGCCCUUCAAUAAUGUUUAGCUAACUAUAACAAUUUAGUAAAAAUGAGUCUGGCUGGCCUCGGCCUAACAGUGAAUGAGAAUUGUCAGUCUCUCUGCCUCCAGUUAAGUCACUGGGCCCCUGGUGAGGAGGAGGGGGGCGGAUCUGUGCCCUCUAUCAAAUUAUGGGCAAAAAUAUAUAUUUAAAUUUCUACAUUCACCUAUUUGUGAAUAAAAAUGUAGGCCUGAUGUUGAAGUUAACAAAAAAGGUUCUAUUUAUUUUUCAUAAUUGUCCUCAUAAUAGUGGAAAGACCCGACUCUCCCCUGAACACAGGAAUGCUUCUGCUGCAGAGAAAACGUCUACCUUUACUUUUAUCAGGCUGCCUCAGUGCUGGACUAAAUGCCCGGUUCUCUACAAGCAGCCUAAGUCGGUCCAAUCACUGGUCAGAACUUGAUAUCAUAAUAUAAAGAAACGGUACCACGACGCACCUCAGAGCCUCGGUACCGUCUGCUCACUGUCCGCUCUCUGCUUCACCUUAACAAAAUGAGCAGGCAGUUCUCAUCACUGCUGACGGGAUCUGGGCUGGAGGUGAGCAACUGUGAACAGAAGUUACUGCAAAACCUCAAUUACUGAAGAAAGAUCCAGCUAAUGGCAUUUGGAGUUCACAAAAUAUCACAUAAACAUCAGCAGAAAUACAUUUGGACCUCAGCAACAACCAAACAUGCCACCAUUAAAGAAAUCAAGACGUUUCAAAAGCAGGGCGGAUUGGCAUAUAGGGGCUACUGGGGGAUUCCAGGUAGAUUUCAGGUAGUCAGAAUCAGGAUUUAGCCCCCACCAACCCUCUACUAACAGUGUUUAAAUGUCGAUGAAGUCUGUGACAAUUGGAUGCGUUUAAAAUCAAUCAGUGAAUAUUGGUUAUUAUUUGCUGUAAUGUAUUUCUGAACAAACCCAGCUCAAACACAAAGAUUACAUCAUACUGUAGCCAUGGUAACACAAUAAUCAAACUAUACAGAUGAUUCUUUACGCUUUUACGUAGUAAACUUCCUAAUUAAA